GCUGUGUGCGGAUGGCGAGUCCCCGUCGAUGCCGUGCGACAGAGCUACCUCCAGUUCACCGGAUCUCCGUCGAUCCGUGCGCAGUCUGUGCGCCGGCAGCCCACUGAGCAGGUUCGUCUGCGGCGUAGACGAAGACACGCGGGUUUCCUGUGCGUCGCGCAUUUCGACUGCAACGCUCGUUUUUUUCUCUAUGUGACAGACCGGGGACGGAACUUUACGCGGGGGAGACGGCCGGCGAGUCUGCCAGGCUACACCUGGGGGAUAUUUGUACAGGCUGACUUUGAAAGCAGUUUGUAGUCUCCUCCCAGCUCCACUUGUUGAUGGGGCACACGCAGGCUAACCCAGCAGCCACAUCACGGGGAUAUUCUUAUGCGUAAUUUGGAUAAAAACCCUGUCCGGCGGCGGGGCCAAGGAAGUUUCGACCCGUGAGGCUUCGUGGCAGAUGGUGGCGAUGUUUGGCGAACGGUAACAGCCCUCGGCAUCUCAUCGUAUCACACGGGCUGCUACCAGGUGAGCAGCGGCAUGGGGAACCAGAUGGACAAGCUGUCUCAUUUAAGUUACGCAGAAGUUCCCACGGUGGACCCGAACGGCGUGGACACGGAGGACGGACCACGGAUCGGCGUCUCCUACAUCUUUUCCAACGAUGACGACGAGCUGGAGGACAGCUCCGCGGUCGAGGGCACAGAAAAGGACCCGAAUCAGGAAGAGAAGCAAUACGACCAGCGCGACGAGGUGGAGUGCGCCGUCUACAACAGGGAGGAAUGCAUUUACGAGAAGAGCGUCAAGUCGGCGAACCUGGAGGUCUACUCCCCGGAGAAUCUCCUAAACAAAUGCAAAGCCGGUGACUUGGUGGAGUUCGUGGCUACGGGACAGUUCCCGCACUGGGCUGUGUAUGUGGGGGACUUCCAGGUGGUGCACCUGCACAGAGCCGAGGUGAAAAACAGCUUCCUGACAGCCGCGAGUCAAGGAAGGAGGUGCAGGAUUGUGAACGACCUGUACAAAUUCAAAGCUCUCGGUCCGGACAUGGUGGUGCAGAACGCGAUGGAGCAGGUGGGCUUGAAGGAGCGCGAGCUGAGCUGGCGAAACUCCGAGUGCUUCGCAGCCUGGUGCCGGUUCGGCAAGAGGGAGUUCAAAAUGGGUGGGGAGAUACGGAUAGGCAAGCAGCCCUACAGGCUGAAAAUAUUCAUGUUGGACAAACAUUCACACGUGCUGGAGUUUCAGAGCCUGGAGGACAUGAUCAUGGAGAAGAGGAGGAACGACCAUCUGGGCAGGACAGCCGUGUUGCAGGAGCUGGCCACUCAUUUCAACAGCGUGGAGGAGACAACAAGUGAGCCAGGCGCCGACUGAUGCCAGCCUCGGUCGCGCUCUUCAAAAACAACUGCUUUGCAAGUAGAAUAGCCUUUACCAAACACAAACUCUGACACCCCGCUUGAAUCUAUAGCAAGCCUCCACCCCUUCGUUUUAGUUUUCAUUGGAGAGCGCAAGUCGUCGUUUCUACUCUAAACGUUUUCGUUUCGAUCACGCAUUUUGGCCAGUGUUUUCACGAAUUUAUAACAAUGUCAAUGCCUUAAAACCACCACUCCCCGAUGCCCCCUGACGCUAAACGGCCUUAGCAAUCAUGAAUUCAAUUCGAGACAUUCGAGAAAUUGAAUCGGUUGAAUUUGCUGAUAGGCUUGUUUGUGUCCCCCUCACGCAAGAAUGUACAGUUUUAUAAAAGCUUUACACAUCUGUCUUAAACUGUCAUGAUUCUGUAAGUAGAGUGUCUGUUUCUCUAUUCAUGGUGUGUCCUGUUACCUGAUCCCUGUUUGGUUUAGCCUCAUCCCUCAGCUCGCAUAGACAGCACAGUGUCAGAGCUGCUCGCUGAAUACAAGAAGGAUCCUUUCUGCCUUUAAGGGUAAUUCCCAUACCAGCACAUCUGAAGAAGCUGUUGUGGAGCCUGGUCUGUGUUGCACCGAUCAAAGUCUGUGUUUGAAUGUACCCAAAGUUCAAGUAAAACGAGAUCCCUUGUCUCUUUUUGAACGA